CCGCGUCACUCACCCACUGACACUCUCGCUCGCCGCCUCCCCUUCUCUCUAUCUCUCGUCUUUGUUACCUUCCCGCAUUCUUCGCAGCUGUACCGAACGUCUCAAAAAGCCAGAGCCUUUGUGGGUUUUUCUUAUUGACUUGGAAUAUACUAUAUACAGAUCCUUUCCUUUUGAUUCUAUUUCAAUUUUUAAUUAUAUCAGAGGGGAAUCGGAAUUUUGAAUGAUACUAUUGAAAGUACGUUAGGGUCCGAGGUUAGGGUUUAAGGGGUGUGUAACAGGGAAAUUCAGGAGAAAGAGAGAGAAAAGCAAAAAACAAAGCAUGAGAGCGAGAUUGGUGGUGUUCCCGAUAAGAGGGAGGAACUGGUGCUUCUCUAGAUCCAUUAAUCAUUCUCUUGAUUCUUCUUCUUCUUCUUCUUCCGGUUCCGCUUUUUCUCAAACACCUUCCACAUUGAAAGAUCUGUGGCGGGAUAUCUCCUCCAAUCCCAAGCCCUUCAAUGCUAAUGCCGAACUCCUCGUCGAUUUCGUCUCUCUCAAGAUGAAUAGAGCUUGGGUUGGUCUGGAGAAAGCGCCUCAAGGAACUAUCAAGAACAAGAUUCACGGAUUGGGACUGCGGCUUUUGGCGCGAGUUAAGCCCUCUGAGAUUUUCUUCAAAUCUAUCACAAAGGACGUCACAAAUGUCGAAGUUACCUACCCGUUAAGUUUAAAUGCACGGCUUGUGCGGCGAAGAUUACGACAUAUUGCCAUGAGGGGAACUAUCAUCCACAAGAAGUACUUUUAUGGUUCAGUUACAUUGCUUCCUUUGACAACUGUGUUUACUGUUUUACCAUUGCCCAACAUUCCAUUCUUUUGGGUUUUGUUCCGCACUUAUUCUCACUGGCGAGCUCUACAGGGAAGUGAGAAGCUCCUUCAGCUUGUCUCAGAUAGUUCUUCAACUAUGACCUCUACUACAGGGAACGGGAAUGAGGCCAAGCAUGGUGACUCUCUUCAUGGAAUCCAUAAUUCACUUGGUUUUACAUGGGUUUUGCAGCCGUCAAAGGAACUUGAGGAACUUGUUCAUCGUGGAGAUGGGCAUGACGGUCUCAGCAAAUGUACCAUUUCGGACAUCUGCAAGGUCUUUGAUUUGAACAGAAAUGAUGUUCUAAAAUACAGGGAUUUUAUGUAAUUAACGUUGUCAUAUCUGCCAUCUGAAAUGUAACAUCUUCAGAGUCCAUUUAGUGGAAACGAAGUACGUUGUCCUAAUUUUAUUUUUUUGAGCCUUUUCAAUAUUGGGUAGUAAAAUAACUGUGCCCCCCCAUAUUGUAAACUCUGAGCGAUUGAAUAAAUUUUGAAUAUACAAGGCACCUUUGAUCAAA